CGCAAGGCGGGGGGGUCACAUGACCGCGUCACGUGACCAACCCCGGCGCGCCAGGAGCGGAAGUGACGUCACGCCGGCCGAGCCAUGGAGCUGAGCGAGCUGCUGUAUAACAAGUCGGAGUACAUAGAGACUGCCUCCGGAAAUAAAGUCAGCCGUCAGUCUGUAUUAUGCGGAAGCCAGAACAUCGUCCUCAAUGGCAAGACGAUAGUCAUGAACGACUGUAUUAUAAGAGGAGACCUGGCGAAUGUUCGAGUGGGACGACACUGCGUCAUCAAAAGUCGAAGCGUGAUCCGGCCACCAUUCAAGAAGUUCAGCAAAGGGGUGGCUUUUUUCCCUCUACACAUCGGAGACCAUGUCUUUAUAGAAGAAGACUGCGUGGUGAAUGCGGCACAGAUAGGCUCCUAUGUACACAUAGGGAAGAACUGUGUCAUCGGCCGGAGAUGCGUCUUGAAGGAUUGCUGUAAAAUAUUGGACAAUACGGUUUUGCCCCCUGAGACGGUGGUCCCCCCAUUUACCGUGUUUUCUGGCUGCCCCGGACUGUUCUCAGGAGAGCUCCCAGAAUGCACGCAGGAACUCAUGAUUGACGUCACCAAGAGUUACUACCAAAAGUUCCUUCCUCUGACGCAGAUUUAGACAGGAGUGUCUGUCCCUCAGAGCUGGUUUCAUUUAUUUUUUAUUAUUUUGUACAUGUAUAUAUUAACAUAUCCUGCAUUCCACCGGCCAAGAGUUCCCCUUUAACACUAUGUAUUUAUCAAGGCCCCUUCUUUACCCUCUUCACUAUCUGGCAGCAGUCCCGCUCGGCACGGAUUAUCCUGGGAUCCAAUCGCAAACAUUGCUACUCCCUUUCUGACAAAGUAAGGUCUAGAAACCACUGGUCUGUAGUACAACACUGACCUUCCAUUGCAAUAAAUACUCGCCCUCUG